AUGGAGGGAAAUGAUCCGGAUAACCUCAGAGUCACGGCUGGAACGGCUCUCAAUGGGCAGCUCGUGUCCUCUGCGGAAGCUUCUGGAGGCAAAAGUGCCGACCUAGUCACUGUCGUGGACUUCGACUCCUCUGCAACCGUCAUCUAUCCGCUCGGCGACCCUGCCAAAGCCGAUAGCUCGUUCAGUGAAAUCGAUAGCAGCGGAGGCACCUGGAUCGCUGAUGGCGUUACGAAAGGCGUUGAAGAGCUCACCAAGUCUGGGCACGGCACCACGAAAGAUCGAUCCGGUAUCGUCGUCUUAACUGACGGUGAAGACUCCGACGUCGAGUCCCUCAUCGAUGAAAUCAACAAGGCAGGCUCCCUUGGUAUUCGCGUCAGCUUCGGGUUUCUCGCUCCGCCGGAUUCUUUCCAUGAACCAACCCUGCUGCAGGCGAUUCUACAAACAGGGGGCACAUACAUGUCAUUUGACCAGGCGGAGAAUAUCCAACCUUGGCUCUACCUGCUCCUCGGCAAUGGCAUUACUGCCUUGGAUAAGACGUCUUCCACGGCGCAGCCACUUCUGAGCAGCAUCACUAUUGCCAAGUUAUCAGGCUCGGGGGAUGUUACCUUCUCCUAUUCCGCCAGCGCCGGGGAGAAACUUGUCUUCACGGUGACGUCGCUCUCCGAACAGGACCUUGCCGUUAAAUUGAGCCACGAAAACGGAGAUUUGGUGGCGAAAAACUCGACACCUAGUGGGAACGAGCCGGCCGUGCUGUCGGUCAAGACGACCAAGGCCGAGACACUCAAGGUCGUUGUCUCGUCUGCGACGUCCGAGGAGGGCAUCUUUCAGAUAUCAGUCAACUCCUCUCUGGGCAUUUCCGGUUGCACACUCGACAAAUCUAACCCUCAGAAUGGGAGCGUCCCGACUCCUACCCCGACUCCCUCAGUGCCCCCAGUCACUGGUGGAGCUUCCAAAAUCGUUAGUUAUGGCAUGCCCAUUAUCAUGGUUGCGCUGUCCCUAGUGCUACUCUAG